AAAAAAACGAAAUCUUUCUUCUUCUUCUCUCUCUCUCUCUAUAUAUAUAUAUAUAUAUAUCUGAAACGAGCUCACUCAAGUGAGUCAGUUCAUAUAAACCCCCUUUUCCGCCAUGGAAACACAGUUAGAAAGCUUCUGGGUUUUGGCUCUGGCCUCAAAAUGCUCAACCUUUUCUUCCCAAAAUGUCCUCAUCUUCCUCUUGAUUUGCAUGGCUUGGAUAUCCAUCGCCGUCCUCUACUGGUCUCAUCCCGGCGGCCCAGCUUGGGGUAGAUACCGUUACCGAAACAGAGCUCGCAAACCCAACUCAUCUUCUUCUUCUAAAACUACGAAUAAGAUUAUCCCUGGUCCACGAGGAUUCCCAGUAAUUGGAAGCCUGAACCUCAUGGCCAACCUGGCUCACCGCCGGCUCGCCACCGUGGCGGAGCGGCUCGGUGCAAAACGGCUCAUGGCUUACAGCAUGGGCGAGACUCGGGUCAUAGUCACUUGUAACCCGGACGUGGCUAAAGAGAUUCUAAACAGCUCAGUUUUCGCCGACCGACCAGUUAAGGAGUCGGCUUACAGUUUGAUGUUCAACCGGGCUAUCGGGUUCGCUCCGUACGGAGUUUACUGGCGGACCCUCCGAAGAAUCGCGGCGGCGCACUUGUUCAGCCCGAAACAAAUAUCCGCCGCCGAGAAACAGAGGUACGGAAUCGCUUCUCAAAUGGUGGACGUCAUUUCUCGUCGUAUGAGUUCAGAAAACGACGAAGGAGUUUGUGUCGUUCGUGAUAUACUUAAACGGGCCUCGCUUCACAACAUGAUGGGCUCGGUUUUUGGGCGCGAAUACGACUUGGGCUUGGGCUGGGCCUCGAAUGAGGAGAGCGAAGAGCUUGGUCGGCUCGUGGACGAAGGUUACGACCUUUUGGGGAAGCUUAACUGGUCCGACCAUCUCCCAUGGCUGGCUUCGUUUGACCUUCAGAAAAUCCGGCUCAGGUGUUUUGAAUUGGUUCCCAAAGUGAGCCGGUUCGUGAGCCGGAUCAUUGGUGAGCACAGAGCCGAAUCUUUGGGUACCAAAACGACACAUGACUUUGUUGAUGUUCUUCUCUCUCUUAGUGGUCAAGAUAAAUUGUCUGACCAUGACAUGAUCGCCGUUCUUUGGGAAAUGAUAUUUAGAGGAACCGAUACGGUGGCAGUUUUGAUAGAAUGGAUACUCGCGAGGAUGGUACUCCAUCCAGACAUCCAAUCAAACGUACAGAAAGAGCUUGACCAAGUCGUUGGAAAAUCCAGACCGUUGAUUGAAUCAGAUAUCUCAUCACUAGUCUACUUAUCAGCAGUGGUUAAGGAGGUCCUGAGGCUUCACCCACCGGGCCCACUUUUAUCGUGGGCCCGUUUAGCAAUCACAGACACUGUAGUUGAUGGGCUUCACGUCCCAGCUGGAACCACAGCUAUGGUCAACAUGUGGGCCAUAACUAGGGAUCCAGAUGUGUGGUCCGACCCGCUCAAGUUCGAUCCGGAUAGAUUCGUGACACGUGGGGAGGCCGACGUGGAUUUCUCGGUAAUGGGUUCAAAUCUGACGCUAGCUCCAUUUGGGUCGGGUCGGAGGACUUGCCCCGGAAAGGCUCUGGGCCUGACCACUGUGACUUUCUGGGUGGGUACGUUGCUCCAUGAAUUCGAGUGGGUCGGGUCGGAUCUUGACCCGGUGGAUCUUUCUGAAGUGUUGAAAUUAUCGUGUGAAAUGGCAAAGCCUCUGGCUGUGAAAGUUCGUCCAAGGAGAAAGAAUUAAUGCAUGAAUAAGAAUAACAAAGCUACUGGGGUUGAGUAAUAAAUAAUAACUACAAUGGCCUAAAAGAGAGAACACAUAACUGUAAAUAUAGAUAUAUAUAUAUAUGUAUAAGUGUGAGAAAUAUGUAUUUCUAUAUAUGACAAUCUUUAUGAUUGUGAUCGAUGGAUCUUGAUAUGUAGACAUAUAUUUAUAUAUAUAUAUUAACUUGUGCACGUGUGCUUGCUUUGACAAUAUAUAUUAAUUUGGAGAAAAA